AGCGAGGGCAGGGCUGGACCGGAGCUGCAUAGGAACCCAGGACUGUGCUGGGAUGGUGUCUGCCAGGGGCUCAGGUCCUCCUCCUGCCCUGCCCGUCUCAUCUGCACAUGUGUUAGAUGUCAUCUGUCUUCCUGAGGGGACACCACCCAGAGGGCCUGGUGGGAUGCUAUGGAAUACGAUGAGAAGCUGGCCCGGUUCCGGCAGGCCCACCUCAAUCCCUUCAACAAGCAGCUCGGGCCGAGGCAGCAUGAGCAGCGGGCCACUGAGGAGGCCCCAGACAUUGCUUCUGAAGAGAGCCUGCCUGAGCCGCCCCCGGGGGAGCCGGAGUUCCGGUGUGCCGAGCGUGUGAUGGACCUUGGGCUGGCCGAGGACCACUUCUCCCGCCCCGUGGGCCUGUUCCUGGCCUCCGACGUCCAGCAGCUGCAGCAGGCCAUCGAGGAGUGCAAGCAGCUGAUCCUGGAGCUGCCCGAGCACUCCGAGCGGCAGAAGGACGCCGUCGUGAGGCUCAUCCACCUCCGGCUGAAGCUCCAGGAGCUGAAGGACCCCAAUGAAGACGAACCCAAUAUCCGAGUCCUCCUGGAGCACCGCUUCUACAAGGAGAAGAGCAAGAGUGUGAAGCAGACGUGUGACAAAUGCAACGCCAUCAUCUGGGGGCUCAUUCAGACCUGGUACACCUGUACAGGGUGUUACUACCGCUGUCACAGCAAGUGCUUGAACCUCAUCUCCAAGCCCUGCGUGCGCUCCAAGGUCAGCCACCAAGCGGAGUACGAGCUGAACAUCUGCCCGGAGGCGGGGCUGGACAGCCAGGAUUACCGCUGCGCCGAGUGCCGUGCGCCCAUCUCUCUGCGAGGCGUGCCCAGCGAGGCUCGGCAGUGUGACUACACGGGCCAGUACUACUGCAGCCACUGCCACUGGAACGACCUGGCCAUCAUCCCUGCGCGCGUGGUGCACAACUGGGACUUCGAGCCGCGCAAGGUGUCCCGCUGUAGCAUGCGCUACCUGGCGCUGAUGAUGUCACGGCCGGUGCUCAGGCUCCGGGAGAUCAACCCUCUGCUGUUCAGCUACGUGGAGGAGCUGGUGGAGAUUCGGAAGCUGCGCCAGGACAUCCUGCUCAUGAAGCCAUACUUCAUCACCUGCAAGGAGGCCAUGGAAGCGCGCCUGCUCCUGCAGCUCCAGGACCGGCAGCACUUCGUGGAGAACGAUGAGAUGUACUCGGUUCAGGACCUGCUGGAUGCCCACACCGGCCGCCUGGGCUGCUCGCUCACUGAGACCCACACGCUCUUCGCCAAGCACAUCAAGCUGGACUGCGAGCGGUGCCAAGCCAAGGGCUUCGUGUGUGAGCUCUGCAGAGAGGGCGACGUGCUGUUCCCCUUCGACAGCCACACGUCCGUGUGCCGGGACUGCUCCGCCGUCUUCCACAGGGACUGCUACUACGACAACUCCACCACCUGCCCCAAGUGUGCCCGGCUCACCCUGCGGAAGCAGUCUCUCUUCCAGGAGCCCGGUCCAGAUGUGGACGCCUAGAGCCAUUGGGCACCCUCCUGGGCCUGUCUGGAGCCCACCUUCCUGGUCAUGGCCAAUGCCAAGGUGUUUCCUGUGCUCUGGAGACCCCUGGGGUGCAGCCCCUGGACCUCUCCCCAUGCUGGGCCUGAGGGGCGUAAGCGCCACAGGGACCAUCGUGCCUGGGAACUUGCUGGGACUUGGGGCUGUGCCUGGCUGUUUCCUGGGUGUGUUGCUGCAGGGCCCCCUGGGCAGGGGCGUGGGCAGCUUCUCUUCUUCCCUGUGGUGAAGAGGGCCCCAUGCCUUUGGAGCUUAAGCAGCAGGGUAGCAGCCACCUUGCCAACCCUGGUUGGCCUCAGGGGAUUGGCUGACAAGACUCUCGCCUGAGGAUGGCGGCUGCACGCCCCCAGCCCGGGCCUAAGGUUGAUGUGCAGGGGAUGGUUUGGGAUCUACCUGGAGGCUCUCAUCCCCCAUCCCCUUGUCCCUUUGCAAUCUUCUGGUUGUUCUUGGAUGGGGCCCCUCACAGCUGUCCCCCAAGGACCCGGGUCCUGUCUCCACGGUUCUCUCCAGUAGGUGAGAUUUCCUGGAGACUGGGAAUUGAGGGGCAGGGCCAGUCCAGGGCCUUUCUGCACCACACAGAGGGAAGGGGGCCAUGGGGCUCUCUUCUGGUGGACUGGCUACAGCUCCCGACUUAGCCUCGUCCAGCUCACCCUGCUGCUCUGAGCGGCUGGCUGGGAGUCCUGCCUCUAGGUGUGGAGAGGGGGAGACUCCAGGUUAAGCAAGAGGACUGGUUACACCAGGCUUGGUGGCAUGUCUGGGGACCAGAUUUGCCCCACUACAGGGCCUGUGGAGGAACCUGGACAGCCUGGAGACCACCAGCCAGGGGCCUUUUCUGGGGGGCCUGAGGUCAGGUGCUGGGAGUACUGGCUGCAGGGAGCUCCAGGCAGGAAGCCUAGAGCCCAUGAAGGAAGACAGGCGGGGGGUGCGUCGGCCCCAGCACCUGCUCUUCAGUGGGGGAGCUGCACCAACCCGACAUCUGCAGGGAGGCCCGUGUGUCAGAGACCCUGCCGCUGUCGGGAAGGCCUGAGGGAAGACGCUUCCCUGGCUGCACUGUGCUCAGCUGCUUCACACAGGUGGGGCGGGGGACACAGCCACCGGGGUGCCCCUCACCUCUGACUGGGAAGCCCACAGGAAGAGGUCUAGCCAGCAGAAGGGGCAGCUCAGCUUGCUGGCUGAUGCAAGGGGCCCUGAAGACAGUGUCGUGUAGUGGCUUUGGGUGACCCUCUUACUGUCUGCUCUGACCUGCCUCAGUGUGACGGUGAGGAGUGGAGUCAACGACAGGUGCACGGCCCACCGCUCCUCUAGGGUUGCAGAGGGUGUAAGGGCAGGUGCCUCUGACCUGCACGUUUUCAUGGCCACACAUUGUUGUCUUGGGGGCGUUAGCCAUCCCUGAGUUUCCCGUGUUACAGUCAGGGUCCAGAGAAAAUGUUAGCAUGCUGGCGUUUGUCCCACCGAGCUGGCCCCCCCCUUUUUUUAAAGUUCCCUCAAUUACCUCCUGCCUCAGCCCCUCUUCCCCACCUACACCUCUGGAUGACAAAGUCUCCAGACAGAAUCACAGGUGGUGUGAGUCCACGCAACAGAACAAAACCCACUGAGAAGCUGGUUUGCACCGCCCAGAGGAGCAGUGAAGGGCACCCAGCUGGGACGAGGUCGUAGCCACUGUCUCAUUAAAUCUGUGUAAUCCAGA